UAUGUACUUCUCAAAUAGGAGUAGGUUCAGAAGGAAUACACAUAACCAGAUCACGCUUGGUUGGAAAGCCAAAGCUUCUUCAAAUUAGUCUUGAGUGAUGCCACAGACUGAGACUGUUUGAGAGACCGGGGCAGUUCAUUCCACAAUUUCACCGCGCGCACCGUGAAAGACUUUGCAUACGUACGUGUAUUAUUUGUCGGAAUGGCAAGCGUAAGAUUAGUGCUUGAACGUAAGCGGUGUUCACUGCCUUCAGCCAGAUAGUUAAAUCUCUCAGAUAGAAAGAAUGGCAGAGAAUUUUGCCAACUGUCACGCGAGAAGGCAGGCACAACUGAACGGGGCCGCGCGACCGACCAGACGUAAUCGCGAAGCACAACUCGUCCGAGCGACGGCAGUCAAUAAUAACAUGCGGGCUCUGGAAGCCGGCAUCAUCACGCUGCGAUACUUCCUGGUCGCCGUCAGCGCUCGCAUAAACGUCGGCGAAGUGGUCGCAGACCCUGACGUCCCGGAGAUGGCCGAGGAGAUCGAGGUGGCGGACUGGGCCGAGGAAGUGCCCGACGCCGAGGUGGAGGUGUUGCUGCCCCCCGCACCACCCGCGCCCCCCGCGCCCGCGCCCCCCGCGCCACCCGCGGCCCCCGCGCCCGCGCCCCCCGCGGCCUCCCCGCCCCCGCCCCCGCCGCCACGCGCUGCGGUAUAUGCCUGGAGCAGCCACCCACGCGCGUGCUCAUACCUUGCGGGCACGUAUUAUGUGACCCGUGUCUCGUGGGAGUACAGCAGGCUUCCGGAGCUAACCGAUGUCCAUAUUGCAGGAGUCAUAUUGGCUCCUGCAUUAACAUAUAUUUAUAAGGGGCGAAGGGGGCCAGUGACGGUCUAGCGCCGUCGAGCCGUGGGCUCAAAAGCCUAUGAAUAAUGGAACCCACAUUUGGAUGGAGCACGCGAUUGCAGCCUUCGUGAAGAUUUCAUUAAACAAUGGAACUGAGUCAACUGACAAUCAGCUCAUCAAUUUUAUCAUCAGUAUGGCAAGGAUCACCUUCUCAUCCACUUGGAGAAGCAAACAGCAGGUUCACGUAAACGACAACUUGAAUUUGCUGGGGCCUGCCAUAACUGACAAAAAGUGAGUGAGGCUGUAGAUAUAGAGGUCUAUGGAGAAGCCACACAGUGACUGUGAUAUGAAGACAACCGACAAGCUGACUUACCUGCUGCCGCAGCAUCACCAACCAGCCUUCGUGCGCGCCUGCAUGGCCUAAGUUACCGCCUCGUGUGCAGCCUUUCCCAGCCGGAUGAAUAGGCAUGCAACCUCCCCGCGCACCAGUCCGAACAGCCCUGCUAACUGCGGCACCGUGCCUUCUGCCCUUCUCCUUCCGUGCGAUCACCAGCAUCCUCUGCAACUCUGCCAGCGUCCGCGAUGUGUCCACUGGCGUCCUAUACCGACGUACUUCAAACGCAGCGUUGUUACUAUUUAUAUUACAUGUUAUAUUACAUGGACCUAUAUAUGGGCCAAUUAGAUCAGUCAAUGAAUGCUCAAA